AGACGAUCGCGAAUGCCGGCCGACUCUCUAGAUCCCAAUAGCGAUCCGCGGCGGCGGCGGUCCCGUUACGAGGAUGAGUACAGCAGCAGCUCUCGCAGACGUGACGACCAUCGGAGUUCCCGACGAGAUAGUCCUCGAAGGACAUCUUCUCGCAGCCCCUCAACCCGAAUUAACCAUAGAAGGGAGUAUGAACGCCGUCAUCCUGAGCGAUCGGAGCGAGCGGAAAACACAGAUGACGGCCGCAAAAGGCGCCGACGUCGAUCCCCAGAAGAGCGCUCGCACCGAAGACAUCGCAAUCUUGACCCCCAUAGCUCUAAGGAAAAGCCAUCGCGAAGGCACCGGAGCUAUUCGCGGUCUCGGUCGCCUGAAAGACGUUCCCGAAGUCCUGCGUCACGCGCCCCAGCACGCUCGAAAGGUCCGCUACCCUCCCAGCAAGACGCGUAUAAGACGGAGGUCUCACAGGAUGGAGACCUGGUCGCCCCUCCGCCUGAGAAAGAAAAGCCUAAUUUUGCAAAUACCGGGCGCUUGGCCGCCGAAAGUAAUACUGUGGAUGUGAACGGAGGAACGGUGGUUCUCAAGUACCAUGAACCCCCUGAAGCGCGCAAACCUCCCGCAAAGGAGUCCUGGCGUCUCUACGUGUUCAAGGGCAAAGAUUUACUGGAAAUGGUCGAAUUGAAUGAACGGAGUUGCUGGCUGAUUGGACGUGAGCGAUUGGUGGUAGAUUUCCCUCUUGAUCACCCGAGCUGUUCCAAGCAGCAUGCAGCCAUACAGUUUCGCCAUGUCGAGAAAAGAAACGAGUUUGGAGACCGCAUUGGGAAGGUCAAGCCGUACCUAAUCGAUCUAGAGAGUGCCAAUGGCUCAACAGUCAAUGAAGGCCCGGCUCCUGCUGGACGAUACAUCGAAAUCCGAGACAAGGACGUGCUUCGGUUUGGCUUGAGUUCUCGCGAGUACGUCCUCAUGCUCACCCAGCCGGAUUAG